UCUACAUUUUCUUCUCUUUGAUGCCAUAUCUUGAAGCUAGUUCCUUAUCCUUUCUCAAUUUAUGUUUGAUUUUGAAAUUUGUCAGUUUGAACCUUCAAAGCUGUAGAAAACAACAAGAUUUCCCUUAUAUUCUUGACUGAUUUGAGCAAUUCUUGUCUCACUUUUGAGUUUCCUCUUUUCACUGACAAAUUAGCAGAUUCCAUCUUCAUUUACUAUGUAAUAUUAGAACAUUGAGGCCCUGAUUCUUGGGGUUUUUUGGACUCCAUUUUUAUCUUCCUUGAAACAUGUGAAAGACAGAUCUUUCUUUGUCUUCUUUUUAGUCCCAUUAUUUUAUUUAUAUACCCCUUCUCUUUUUUUGACUUUCUUAGCUAGUCCUCCUCACCUAUUUUCUCAAUUCUCAAGCCUUUUUCUCAUCCUCCUCCUUCUUGACUUCUACAACCUCCCCAUUCCUCCAAAAGUUUCAAACUUGGAAGCCGGGGUGGUGGAAAGCGAACACCAUGUGCUCGGAAAUAUCCUCGCCGAGAAUAUCGUUUUCGUAUAAUCUUGUUGGCGACGGUAGCCUACCUAUCGAUCAGCACGUCGAAUACAGGCGGCGAGACGUAUCAUUGUUGGAUUCAAAUCUAGACUUUGAGUUCAACAUCAGUAUUGAAGAUGAAUCUUCUUGUGCUGAUGAACUGUUUAGCAAUGGAAUCAUUCUUCCCAUCAAAAUUCAAUCUCACAAACAAUCUCAUCCUUCACUUUCACUCCCUCCUCUUCCUCCUCCCACACAGAAUUCAAAGCAAAUCACAUUGGUGAAUUCAUCUUCUUCUUCUUCUUCUUCUUCUUCAGAUCAUCAGUUAGAACAGAGAGUUUCAGAGUCCAAAUCCUUUUGGGGAUUCAAAAGAAGUAACAGUCUCAACAACUUUGAAAGUAGAAGAAUUUCUCUUUGCCCAAUUCCACUUUUAUCACGAAGUAAUUCAACUGGGUCAGUUUCAAAUUCAAAGUCCAAAAAGUUUAAAGAUUCACAAAAGCAAAUUCCCCAGAAACAGAACUCAUCAUCAAUGAAGAAGUCAUCGUCGCCGUCGUUACCGCCGUCAUUGUUAAAUCAAUAUCCAACAAUUCUAAGGACUCAGAUGUGCAAGAAUCCAGGUGGGGUUUAUGGAAAUUAUCAUUACAUUGGCCCUGUGUUGAAUGUUCCUCCAAAGUUCUUUGGUUUUGGUUCACUUCUUGUAUGUGGGAAAGACAAAAAGAGUAAGAAAUGAUUUGUUCUUCAUUUUGUUUGUAUUUUUUUCCCUUUCUUUUUUCAGUUCAAUCUGCAACUGGCUUUGCUAUUGUGUAAUGGUUUUGUUAUAAGGUUCUUAAACAUUUUUUAA